ACCACUUUCACCAGUACUAUGGACGGAAUUCACAGCCGCCAUGAGGAGACAGAUCGCCCAGCGACGAGAGUCGAGCAUCACGCACUGAAUUCCGCCGCGGCUUCUCACCAGUCCGAUUUGAGGAGCUUUCCGCCGCCGGCGGAAGUUGUUGCCUCGGAGUCGGAAAUGUCCUGGGUUGCUGGCGUGUGCGAACUAACCCCCGUGAAGUGCGUCAAAACAAGGCCGCUUCAAGACGUCCUUCGCGACGCUAGCAGAAUCGCUAUUGCUACUACUAGUAGAAGGCGGCGUUCGCUGGAGAAACGGCCAUUUCAGCUAAGAAAAGGUCUGUCCUGCCAAGGCCGCGAAUCCGCCAAACGGCAACGCGGGAUAGUAAAGAAGCAGCAUUCCCAGUGGGAGGAAAGGGCGGGCGAUCUUGAAGAUCUUGAAGAUCUAAAUGGGCUGGCAGGUGACGAUGAUGACGUUAGAGAUGACUCAAGCAGCUCGAAGCUCUCCUUGCGUGGUCAACAAGAAUGCCAAAGGAUGGGCAACCUCAAGGCACUAAGCGCCAUACCUACGCCGCCUGGACGUCACAAGGUUCAGAGCAAAGAAAUAGAAGCAUCACACUUGCUGAAGCCCUUGAAGGCACCAAGCAGCACCAGACUUGAAACUAAAGGGGUUUUCAUCGAAACUGGCGAAAGGAGUGGCAGCAAACGGCAGAGGUUGGGAGCAGCCUCAAUGCGCAACACUCAAGACGGGGAGCUUGAAACUCAAGAUCCAAGCACUGCUGAAAGAGGUGCCGCGUAUCGUGCUGCCAAGCAGGAGCAGGAAAGCAGUGACGAGUCCCUGUCGGCGAGAGAGCGGAGGAGAGGCGCAGAGCCAGGCGAGCCGGAGGUCUGCUCCACUUUCCAGAGUGUCUCCAAAUCCUCUAAACAGGCCUCUCAAUCCUCUCCAAGUACGCUGAAGGAUUGUAUGCAUGGCUGCGGUAGCCCUACAAAUGCCAUUGACAUUGACACUAACGUUGGCAUUGGCAGUCGUAGGCCGACAACGAAUAUGGGAAGGGGUGGCGGCAGCGGCAGGGACAGUGGCAGUGGCAGUGGCAGCGGAAAUAGUCGUGAACGAGCAGAAGAGGAUGGGGACGGAGCGGAGGCAAGUGUGACAGCUGGGGUAGGCAAAAAGGAGGGUGAGAAAGAUGGAGCGGAGGGCAACGCAGGUGAUCGUACCAAGGGUCGUGGUGGGAAUUGUGAGGACGGAAUGGAAGGCGUUGGUGGUGUGCAUGCUGUACUACAUCCAGCCAGUGAUGCAGCAGAGGACAACGCAGGUGAUUGUACCAGGGAUCGCGGUGGGAGGAAUUGUGAGGCAGAGGACAACGCAAAAAAGGGCGCUGGGCUGAAAAAGAAUUGCCAGGCUGUAUUGUAUCUAGUCAGUGAUGCAGCAGAGGUCAGUCAGGGUGGCACAUAUGUUAUUAAGCCUGUGGUGGGUACGAGGGAUGUAGAUAGAAACGGUGAAGUGCCAAGUGCAGGGAGGGGAGCAGGACAUGCCAAGUCCACAGCAAAUGGGGCUGAUGAGAACGCUGCUUUUGGGGAAGUGAAGAAGGCUGAAGUUGAGGCGGCAAGGGCCAGGGCUGGAGAUCUGCGAGUGGGAGUCAAGAGAAUGGCUGCACAGACCUUUGAGUCCACUCAAAAGUUUGUUGGGGAAGUGAGGAAGGCUGAAGAUGAGGUGGCAAGGACCAGCCGGGCUGGAGCUUUGCACGUGGGAGUGGAGGGUAUGAUUGCUGCUUCAGAGGCAGAAACAGACGCAGAAAAAGCAGGAGAAGCAGCAGCAGCAGCAGCAGCAGCAGAAGCAGCAGCAGCAGCAGCAGCAGCAGCAGCAGCAGCAGCAGCAGCAGCAGGUGCUGGAGAAUGGAAGUACCAGCCGACUAGCGAUAGGUCCGAAUGAUUCCGCUGCAGCAACACUCGUUAUCGCAGCAAAAGAAUCCAAGGUACGGCAACAAGAACGUCCCACCCUCCCUGACCCCAGCUCUUUUGGCAC